AUGGACAUACAAUCGACAGCACCCGCAGCAUCCGUAGGAACACACCAUCCACUUUCAUCCACAUGGGUAUUCUGGUUCAUGCACCGACUGCCCAAAGCCAAAAUCAAGGAUUACGAAGGCAGCAUGAAACGCAUCGCGUCUUUUUCAACGGUUGAAGAAUUCUGGGCAGUAUACAGUCAUCUACGUCGACCAAGCGAUUUGCCUACUAUCAGUGAUUAUCAUUUGUUCAAGCAAGGUGUACGUCCAGUAUGGGAGGAUGAUGCCAAUAUCAGGGGUGGUAAAUGGAUUGUGCGAUUGAAGAAAGGUUUAGCAAGCCGUUAUUGGGAACAAUUGUUACUUGCUAUUGUUGGAGAACAAUUUGACGUGGGUGAUGAGAUUUGUGGUGCUGUAUUAUCGAUUCGAAGUUCGGAAGACAUCAUUUCAGUGUGGAAUAAGACGGCUGCCAAUGGUCGGAUCAAUCUCAAAAUAAGGGAUACGAUAAAAAAGAUGCUUAAUCUUCCAGCGGAGACAACAAUGGAAUACAAGACACACAAUGAUUCUCUUAGAGACAAGUCUAGUUUCUGCAAUACGGAUGUAUUUCGAUGA